AUGACAACGUCGCCUCCGCCGGGCUGCGGCAACAUCGGUGCCGACUACCACCUGCUCUGUGACACAGAGAAGGCCUGGGGGAUUGUCCUGGAGUCGCUGGCUGCAGCAGGCAUCCUCAUCACCAUUUUCCUCAUCUGCUCGCUCUUCUUCCUCAUCUGCAAAGUGCAAGACAACAGCAAGCGGCACAUGAUCUCCGUCUAUUUUUUCUUUCUUUUAGGCACACUCGGCGUUUUUGGCCUCACUUUUGCCUUCAUCAUUAAACUCAAUGACAGGACUCGUCCCACUCGCUUCUUCCUGUUUGGGGUCAUCUUUGCCCUCUGCUUCUCGUGCCUCCUCACCCAUGCCUGCAACCUCAACAAACUAGUGAGGGGAAGAAAGCCCUUCUCCUGGCGGGUGCUGCUGCUCCUCCUUGUUUCCUUUGCCCUGGUACAAGUUGUGAUCAGCAUCGAGUACUUGGUCACCAGGUUUGUAAACCAGAGAGAAGACUUCCUGAAAAUGGAUCGGGAGAAUACUAACAAGGACUUUGUCAUGCUUCUGAUCUACGUGCUCUUCCUGAUGGCUCUGACCUUCUUGGUUUCCAUGUUCACAUUCUGUGGGCCAUAUAAAAGCUGGAAGAGGCAUGGGGCACACAUCUUUGUCACUAUCCUGUUCUCCAUUGCCAUUUGGGUGGUGUGGAUCACUAUGCUCAUAAAAGGCAAUACGGUUUUAGAAAAAUACAUGUGGGAUGAUCCUGUUGUGGCCAUUGCUCUGGUGUCCAAUGGCUGGAUUUUCCUGAUAAUGUAUAUUGUCCCCGAAAUUUGUUUCCUCACUGCUCCUCUGAAGCUAGAGGACUACCCUCCAGAAAAUGACUUCUGCCAACCCAAGUUCAUAAAGCAGACAACUGGAGUGGACAACCGUGCCUACACCCAAGAUGAAAUUGUGCAAGGAAACAUCAACUACUCCCCGUACGCUUCUCACUUUCAGAUGAAGGCCAUUGAACCCCAGAGUGAUUUCUCCAUCCCUCGCCCCAAGGCCCGGACAAGCCCAUACCAUGACUACACUGGUGGGAAGAGCCCCAUGUAG